AAACGCCGAAUUCGAUGCUGCACCUAUUUUGCGGAUUAAUAUGCAUUAUUAAUUUAGGCGUACAUAAUCAUUUUGAACUUGUGCUUCGAAAAAACUCUGAAAAAUGACCCAUUUAAAUGCUGACAUUUUUUAGCAAAGAGCUAGCUCAUUGUCUUCUACCGAUGUACAGUAAUCAACAAAAUCCGGCUAUCUUUCUUCCAAAAGAUCCUAUCACUCUUAGGAAAACUCACUCUUAAGAUUGCAUUAAAUGCAACGACGAACAAAUUGAUUCCCCCAUCUUCUUACUUUUAGAGGGCACAAUAUGGUACGUUGAAUUAACAUCCAGUAAAGAAGAAAAACGUUGUGCAGAAUUAGCGCAGUAUUUAAAACAGCAACUAGGUGAAACAUCUGAUCUUGGGACAUUAGGGGAUUUUCUAACGAUUAUGGGCGAAUAUGAUAAAGCUGAAAAUUACUAUAGAAUCUUAUUAAAAGAUCUUAAGUUACCCGAUGUUCAUACAGAUCGUGCUAUGAUUUAUAAUCGUAUCGGUGUUAUUCGCCGUGAAAAAAAUGAUACAGCAGCAGCAAUUGAUUAUUACGGAUCCGCAAUCUCUGCAGCUCCACGGGAUAGCGGUAUAAUAAAAAUGGCAGCAUACAACAGACAGAUUGCUGAAUCUGAUUUAAAAUUAGCACCAAAAAUAUUUCUCGGCAAUCGCUUAGCAUCAAGUGAUAUCAUAACUAAGCCUCUAGUUGCUACGCAUGAACUGACCGAAGCUAUAGUAGAAAAUAAUAAGGGACAUAUUGCCUAUCUACACAAGACUUACGAUUCGUUGAACAUCGCCGUUGAACAUUAUAAAACAUCUCAUAAAUUAUUUGAACAAUCCGAAUCAAAGCGUUUAAAAGAAAUGUCAAUGGUUAAAAAUAAUUUAGGUGCAGUUGAAUAUGCCAGAAGAAAUUAUUCGAAAGCUAAAGAACAUUUUGAUGAAGCUAAAUCUCUGAUAAAAGAAGUAAAUCCAACACAUCCAUGGCUAGCUUAUUAUUUCGAAAAUUCGGUCUGUGCAGAGCUGAAAGUACCUCUAAGUGAGGCAUCACUACCACCACCAAACAAAAAGCAGAAAACAGAACACAUAAACGAAUAG